CGCCGGUUAACAACAAUAACAGUGGUGAUCAGCUGACGAGAGAAUCAGCGACUGAACAGAGAUAUAAAGUGAAGAGAAGCAGCUGUAAACUUUAGUUUGUGUGGUCAGGUCUCAGCUGCAGAAACAUGAGUGUUAACGGAGACUUCGGGGUAGAUGAAUACAGGGAACGUGUCACCGGAGACAGAAGAGACGAAGAAACUGCGCCUUUAUUAUCAAAUGCAUCAAUUCCUAUGAAGAUCUGGGAAGGAGAGCUUUGAGAAAACCAGGAAAAGUUCUUGUGGGAGUUGCAAUUCUCAUCCAAAAUAUUGGUGCCAUGUCGUCCUAUUUGUUCAUCCUGAAGUCGGAGCUUCCUGCAGCCAUAAGCAUCUUCCUGAGUCCAGACAGCACAGGAAACGCCUGGUAUGAAGACGGCAGGCUGCUCCUGAUCCUUGUCACCAUCUGUGUUGUUCUACCUUUGUCAAUAUUGCCAAGAAUUGGCUUCCUGGGAUACACCAGCAGCAUAGCUUUCUUCUUCAUGCUGUACUUUACAGUUGUGAUAGUGGUGAAGAAAUGGUCCAUCCCCUGCCCCCUGCCUCACAAUCUGACCACGCUUUCAGGAGCCUUCCAGGUGUCAAAUUCCACCGACCCAGAGUGCACGCCCAAACUCUUUGUCAUCUCCAGCGAGAGCGCCUACGCCAUCCCAACCAUGGCCUUCUCCUUCCUGUGCCACACGGCCAUCCUGCCAAUCUACUGCGAACUGGACCGACCUUCUAAGGUCAGGAUGCAGAACGUCACAAACGUCAGCAUCAGCCUCAGCUUCCUGGUUUACCUCAUCUCUGCACUGUUUGGCUACCUCACCUUCUAUGCCCAGGUGAACUCUGAGCUGCUGCUCGGCUACGACAUGUACUUGCCGCGGGACAUCAUGGUGAUGACGGUUCGAAUAGCCAUCCUCCUCUCCGUGUUGCUGACUGUCCCGCUCAUUCAUUUCCCUGCCCGUAAAGCUCUCAUCUUGCUGCUCUGUGGAGGACGUCCUUUCUCCUGGCUGAUCCACAUCGUGGCCACUUUCUUCAUCCUUGGUGUGGUGCUGAUGCUCGCCAUCUUUGUACCUGACAUCAGAAAUGUGUUCGGAGUAGUGGGGUCGACAACAUCCAGCUGUCUGUUGUUUAUUUUCCCUGGAAUCUUCUACCUGAGGAUAAGCAGAGAGCCGCUCAGAUCCUUUGACUCCAUCGGGGCUUUAAUGUUGAUGGUGUUCGGCCUCAUUGUGGGACUCACCAGCUUCUCAGUCAUCGUCAUUACGUGGGCACAGAGCUCCUAACCCCCACUCGCAAGCAUAAGAGCAAAGAAAGGGAAAAAAAACUUGCCAAAGUAUCCGAUAACUGCAUAUCAGACAGAUGCUUUUGUUUAUUAUACAGUAGACGAGAGGUUUUUUUUAACUCAAAAAUACUGACCAAACGCAGUAUAUGUGAUCCUAAACAGAAAGAGGACUUUUCAUGUUCUACUCAGUUACUUUUUACAGGUCAAGACGUCUUUUCUAAUUUCUGACCUUCAGAUUUUAUAUGAUUUAUUUUUUUGCCUGAAACAAAGAUGGGUAACAUUUACUCCAAGUUGCCUGCUGUCUCUUUUUUUGUUUUCUCUAUGUGGAUGAUCAUGCACCUUAUCUGUACAAUCUCUGUACAUAUAUAUGAAAAAUGUUGUGUGAACCAUAAAUGUGUCAUCUCAUUUAUGGUUCACAUCUCUCUUUACCUGAUUUAUGGCUACGUCCGUUUAUUUUAGUCACUUUAUUGUUAUUUUCAGCUCUUAAGCGUUUUUAUUUUUUUAAUCCGUGGAUUGAUUUGCCACUCACACUAACACACCUUCAGAUCUCAGGGUUAAAUGGUUCUGCUGCUACUUUCUAUGCUCCAAUAAAUUACUUUGUUUGGACCAGUUAAUUAUUAUAUACACUCCAUGUGGUUAUAAUGUAAAAUCAUGUCAUUCUUCAUAUUCGGGGCCUGUAAUAAAAGGGAAAUUGUUUAUUCA